AUGAAAACUGUAAGAAAAAAAAAAGAAGAAGAAGAAAAUGGCCUCUCACUCUCAGGUUUUGGUGGAAGAGAAAUCGAGUGUUAGAAUCUUGACAUUUAACAGACCCAAGAAGCUCAAUGCUCUGUCCUUCAACAUGAUCUCUCGGUUGUUGCAACUAUACCUUGCAUAUGAAGAAGACCCUAGUGUGAAACUUGUCAUCCUAAAGGGUCAAGGAAGAGCCUUUUGUGCUGGUGGUGACAUUCCACCUAUUGUUCGUGAUAUCCUACAAGGUAAAUGGAGACGCGGUGCCGAUUACUUUAAUGUUGGAUACACGGCCCACUAUGUUUCGGCCACGUACAGAAAAGUUCAGGUUUCAAUUUUGAAUGGUAUUGUCAUGGGAGCCGGAGCUGGUCUCUCUACCCAUGGUCGAUUUCGUAUUGCAACUGAGAACACGGUUUUUGCAAUGCCUGAGACAGCUCUAGGGCACUUUCCAGAUGUAGGGGCCUCUUACUUCUUGUCAAGGCUCCCUGGAUUUUUUGGAGAGUAUGUUGGCCUUACAGGAGCUAGGUUAGAUGGCCCUGAUAUGCUUGCUUGUGGUCUUGCAACUCAUUUUGUGCCUUCAACGAGAUUGACUGCAUUAGAAGCAGAUCUUUGCAAAGUUGGUUCAAGUGAUCAAACCUUUGUCUCAACAAUUCUCGAUGCAUACGCUGAGUAUCCGCACCUGAGACAGAAGAGUGCUUACCACAGGCAAGAUCUUAAUUUGUUUCCGUUAAGCAGGUUAGAUGUUAUUGAUAGGUGCUUCUCGAAAAGAAAAGUGGAGGAAAUUAUCUCUGCACUUGAGAGAGAGGUCACUCAAGAACCGGACGAUUGGAUCUUAGCUACCAUUCAAGCAUUGGAGAAGGCUUCUCCAUCAUGCCUUAAAAUCACUCUUAGAUCGAUAAGAGAAGGAAGAUUUCAAGGGGUGGGGCAGUGUUUUAUCCGUGAGUACAGAAUGGUGUGUCAUGUGAUGAAGGGAGAUUUAAGCAAAGACUUUAUGGAGGGGUGCAGAGCCAUAUUGAUAGACAAAGAUAGGAACCCAAAGUGGGAGCCAAGGCGACUAGAGGACGUGAAGGAUAGCAUGGUAGAUCAGUACUUUGAGAGGGUGGAGGGAGAGGAGGGAUGGGAGGAUCUGAAGUUUCCGCCAAGGAACAACUUGCCUGCUUUAGCAAUCGCAGCAAAACUUUGAAGUGGAGAAAGGUGAUUCAUGAGACAACAAUUGGUUAGACAUCAAACCAGCGACCAAACCGAGGAAAGAGACAAAACCCGAAAUAUAAGAAAAUUUCUUCUAGUACUUUCUUUUGUUACAGCAAAUAAGAAUAGACGUGUGCUCUGUUUCAUCUUGAUUAUACUAUACUACAUUAUGUAGUCUACAUACAAGAGAAAUAAAUUGAUUAACACAAU